AUGAAAUAAUCUCAUUCCAAAAAGAAUCUAACCAGCAGUCUUUACAUAGCUAACAAUUAACAUACAGAACUAAUCGAUUACCUUAAACAAGAAAAUAAGCAAUUGACUGAGUAGUUGAAUGAAUUGAAGGGAUUGCUCUAAUUAAAUAAAAAGGCAUUGAGAAUUAUGACACCACAACAUAAUGAUGAAUAAAAUAAAGCUUUAUUGAUGGUUAUGAAAAACUUGUAAGAAGAAAAUGCCAAAUUGCAUAAUCAAAUUGAUAAACUCAUAGAAGAAAGGAACCAAGCAUAAAAUUAAGUAUUAAUAAAUUAAUAAAUCACUGAAGAGGCUUAACGACAUGAAAAAGAAUUAAUCUUAUCAUUAUAGAAUAAAAUCUUAACUUUAUAAAAUAACCUCAAUAAAGCUGAAUAGUAAUUAAGCAAGAUGGAAUAACUCAAACCUGAAUAUGAUGAAAUAUCAGGUAUUCUCAUUAAAUACAAGGAAAUUUGUGAACCUGACAAAAUCACUAUCAAACUUCAUAAUCAAAUAGAAAUGCUAAAAGCUGAAUUGAUAGAUUAGCUUAGGAAGAACAAACUCAUUGAAGCUGAAAAAUACAAACUAUAAGGAUUUAAUUUAAAACUAAUGAGUAAUCUAGUUCAAAUGAAGAAUACUGCUAUGACAUAUCAUGGGAAUAAACUAAUUAUUCAAUAAUAACAGACCAAUUAAGGAGCUGAAUAAUUGAUUAAAUUCUAAAAUAAUUUAUUAAAUGUGAUUAACAAAGAAGAAAAUGAAAAUUCCUCUGAAAAUGACGAUCACUCUUCAGUUGGUAGUUCACCCUUGAUGUCACCUCUACCGUUGAAACAGGAGAAUUAAGUGGCUAAAUAAAUGAAGGAAGUUCCUAAAUUAGAUCUCACAAAGGCAAAAUAAAUAUAGGAGAUAAAUGCUAUAAGACAGAUCUAAUAGAUGCAGGAUAUGAAAAAGUAGAUAGACCCUAAUAUUGCUGAAAAAAUCAAUAAGUAUGAGAGAAUGCUGGAGGAAUUGAGGAAGAACUAUUAAAGAGAAAUGUUAUUAAAUAAAACUCUUGAGACAUCAAAUAAUGAAUUGCAAAGAAAAUGCGAUGAUUUCGAAAGUUAAAUCUAAAUACUCAUAAAUUCAAACUUAAGACAUCAAGAGAAAUUAUAGAAAAUCAAUAAACAAUAUUAUUUUUUACAACAGUUUUACAUCAAUAACAAAGAUUAAGUGACCACAACUCAAAGUCAUAAUCGAAGAUUUUCCUAAAGUCCAACAGAACUUUCACAGGAAAUGAUCUUGGAUACUUCUUUUAUUGAUGCAAACGAAGCCAUAAUAUCGAAUGAGUUCCAAGAACAAAAAUUCAUACAACAAUAGAUGCUACAAUAACAAUAGUAGCAAUAACAAGCUUAGCAAUUCUAAUAAUAAAACUUCUACUCCCUUUAUUCUCCUAUUAACAUUGAAGAUUCCAAAAAGUUUCUGUUGGGUCUUGCUGAAUUAAUUUAUUGUGGAUUGUAGGAGAAAAUAGAAUAGAUGCAGCCAUAAUCAUAAGAAUAAUAGGAUUGCCAAGAAAAGAAGCAAUAGAAAUUCAGAUCUAUUAGUGACAUAAUCGAUUACCAACACAAAGGACUUUAAAAAUAUAAUUAUUUGUAACAAUAAUGA